CACAGCAGUUAGUACUAUUAGCAUUGAUUUCACACUGGGGCGACAGGUAUGGAGGUGCCACUUUGAUUGAGGAACGCACACCGGAUGUUGUCGACAUUCUUGUCAAUGGGAUUAACUUUCAGGAAUUAGGUUAAAUAUAAACUCUUUGCACUGUCCAUACAUCCAGUACAUAACCGUAUCGGGAAAAACACGUAUCACCUUAAUCGCGACACUUAACAUUCGGUGUACAGUUUUUGGAAACUUUCAAGGAAGAUAGAACAUGCAGGUAUUCAACACAAUGCUUGACGGUGUUAUAUAAUCAAAGUCAGACGUAUAUAAUCAUCACAGUAUUUUACAUGCAGUCUACAAAGUGUUAAAACCUGUACUUUGUAACGUGAAUAAGAAUAUGUAGACCGUACAUUUGCUGUAUGCACUUACCAUGUCCACUUAUUAAUAGCGUCAAAUCGGACUGCCUCAGCCGCACUCGGUUAGACCGGAGUGAGGGCACCAGUUAAAAAAAAGCAAGUAUCGCGACAUUUGGAUGGACCAAAUGGGAUUUGUAGUCUUUAUAAUGUUAUUUGUAGUUCUGAGAUAAACGUAGCUACCAGCGGCAGGCUUUUCGGGAACGUUGUCAUAACAGACACUUCCUACAUUAUUAGACUUGUGGUAGUGCUGCGAAAAGCUCACUCUUUUCCUCCCAAGUCACAGUUUGAUACCGACGGCUUAGCACGUUAGCAUAGCCAUCACAGUGGAGCUUGUUGCGUAGCGACGCUAUGGCGUGUAAACGGUUAGCAUCUAACCGCUAACAAACUUUAGACAUGUUGUGGACAGUGACCCUCGGGUGGCGCUUGUUUUGGAGUGCGUGUAAAUGUUUACUGGGAAUGUGUGUUGUUUAAAUGACGUUUGAUGUCGUGGAUAUCUUCAAAGUGUGCAAUGAAAACAACAAAAGUUUGACAGCAGAUGCGAAUGAACUGAAGCACCGGAAAAUAGCAACUACUUCUGGAGACAUCUGGAGUGGUACCAAGGCCUACUGUUUCUGGCUGUGGUGCCUUGUUUUUGGUUGAGAGGCCCAUGCCAGGCCCUUUUCUCACCACGCUGAAGCCCGAGAAGCCCUAGAAGAUCAAUUUAGGAGGACCCUGGGGUUAACCAGACACCGUAGAAAGUUUCAUCUUCCAUGGGAUGUGAAGGGAGCAACCACAUCUACAAUACACAUCUGCAGUUGUCUUGGAACGCUCCCGCCUUCACGUUUUGGCCUCGGCAGAAUCGGGUUACGCUCGUCCGUCAGAUGGCGUUCUGCCUGGCUGAGCUGCACUUGUUGUCCACCAAGAGCUCACUCCAAGUCAAAGAUACAGAUAUUGGCACGUAUCAGUACUACGAUAAAGGGGAGCCAGCCAAUCUCCUGGAGCAUCACUAUUACAAUGAGAAACUGCAGUUCAGUGAAGCUCGAGGCUACUCGUGGACCCCCGUGAACCGCCGACCAGAGAGGCUGCGUGAUUCGCUGAAGGAGCUAGAGGAACUGUUGCAGACCAAUACCUGCCUUCACACCAGAUGGAGGAACAAGCAUUGCUGCCAGCUCAUACUGGGCAGUGGCAUACUGGUGACCUUGACCCUCAGCGGGCUCCAACUUGAGCAAGUGUGCAUCGACCGAGUGCUCGUGGGCCGACUGCCAGGCGACACCUUGACUGGUGCGGUGCUGAGCGACCGGCUGAUUCUGCUGUCCUUCCUAAAGCAGAGCCAAGUGGCAGCUGUUUUCCUCAGCAAAAAGAACCAGGACUCCCAGGAGGCUGGCAGGGACACAGACAAACUCUCAGCCUCUGAAAUCAAGGUGAAAUGUGUGGAACUAUCAGGGUGGGCACAUGGCCCCCACCAAGGUGUGGCUCUCAACCGCUUACAGGACGUGGCGCUGUGCUGGUGGAGGUGUAGCGAGCAAGAUGAGGAGCAGUUGCCCUGGGCCCCUGCAAACGUGCACAGGAACAAUCUGGUCCUGUUGAGCUGCUCGCCCUCGGAGGGUCUCCAGGUCCUCAGCUCUUCCCAGACAGAAGGUGACCUCCUAGACUGCAGCUUUAGUCAGCUUCAGCCCUACCACCUGCUGACGGUAGAGGCACCUGCUGGACCCCAAGCAUCCAAGGAGGGAUCCUGGGCUAAAUCCUCUGUGUUUGAAUGUCAGAGAGGACGACUGCACCGCCUGUCUGUCACUCGUAUCCCGCUACCUUCCCAUCCCAUAUCCUGCUCACGUCACCCCAAUGAAAGCGCACUCCUCCUCGGUCUUAGUGACGCCUCCCUGGUCCUCUACGACCAGCGACGGGGUGUCUCACUUUUGGCCUCCUGUCUUGUGCCGCCCACCCUCCUUGCCUGGCAUCCUGCUGGAGCCAUGGCCAUGGCGGGGGCAGCACAGGGCGAGCUGAUGUGCUUUGAUGUGGGCCUGGCACCCCUCAGCAUGGCACUGGUGGCAGAAGAGGUGGCUCCGAUGUCUACGCUGCAACUGGCCCAACAUCUACGCUGCCCUGGGGGCCUGCAGAGACUACAGUGGGCAACAGGUCCAGAAGGUGGCGAUGAGAGGGCCGAUACGCUCAUGCUGGCCUUUCAUGGAGGACCAUUAGCAUCCUUAGGAUUCCGACUGGGGGCUCUGACUGGGGGCCAAAUGGGCCCAGGUGAGCUUCUCCAGCAGCGGCUGCAUUGUGGUCAGGUCCGAGAGGCCCUCAGCAUCCUGGAGGCCAUGGACUGGAGCAUCAUGGGAGACGAGUGCUUCCGAGGCCUGAGCUCCAUCACUAACCACCUGCUGAGGCUCCCGCUGGAUGCACAGACCGAAGCACAGCUGGAAGCCACGUUAGGAGUUUUUUAUGCCCCGUCUACGCCCCUGCCUGGUAACGUUAUGUUGGACUACAAGGAGCCAAUCAGCCGAUACGCACGUCGCUUUUUUCACCACCUUCUCAGAUAUGAACGCUUCGAGAAGGCCUUCCUCCUGUCCAUAGAUUUACAAGCCAAAGAUCUUUUUAUGGACCUCCAUUAUGUUGCCCGCGAUAAGGGUGAGGUGGUGCUAGCGGAGGUGGCCAAGAGGAAGGCCUGUGAAAUGGAGGCGCGGACCCUCGGAGGCGACGAUCCUGUAAGAGAAAGAAAUGGUGUGUAUGCUUUGGCGACAAGGGCCAAAGUACAACAGGACCUUCAGACUCUACCAAAACACUCGCCAAUGGAUGAACCAAUCGGGUCCGAGCUCAGGCGGAGCACACACACGUGACCGUGAACCCAGACGUCCCGAGGACACUGAUACGAGCUGGUCUCACCUUUGUGUCUUACUUAACGCAGCCAACGAGCGAGGAAACAUGGCCGACACUUCAGACAGGCCGCUGACGCUCGGAGACGACCCCCACCACCCCUAAACGGGAAGCUCCCAAUGCCUCGAGGCCAGCAAGUCUCCGCUAAGCUUCCCCUACGGGUGGGUUGGAGACAAGUCGGGACGAAGGACUCGAGGAUGGAAGGCGGCAGCAUUUCUGGAAUGUUCUCAGCCUAGCGUGAUUGGCUCGUGUGUCGGCCUUCACGAGGAACCGGCAACUCUGCCAGAAUCCUGACCUUUGUGUAACCUCGACUGGACUCAAAGGCAUUUUGCCCUGCAGCCUACUUGGGGUCCUACAUGCUUCAGCCUACUACAACUGUUAAAAUAGCAGUAAUAUCUUUAUAGAAUGGUUCUUCGUGUAUGUACAGUUAGAUACGAGUGGUUACUGCAUUUUAAAAUGCUAGUCUGUGGCAAAGCAACAGCUGUAAUUUGAUGUAAAUCAAGGGAUUUGAACCAAGUCAUCAUGCAGAUUGAUUUUGAGCGCCACCUCCUCGCGCAUGAAGAUGUCCGGGUACCGGGUCUUGGCGAACAGGGCCUCCAGGACGUCGAGCUGAGAGCGGGUGAAGGUGGUCCUCUCUCGCCGCUGCUUCCUGGGCGUCGCUGGAGGAGGACAGACGAGCAGAGCCGGGAACCACCUUGCUGAAGUAGAAAAAACUACAAAUAUGGAAGUGUUAUCCUGUCGCCAAACGUCAAGGGAUGCAGCAGGUCCAUGGCGGCGCCGCUGAGCCCCAGGCCGUUGACGCCGUAGGGGGGCUGCUUGAGGUAGGACAUCAUGCUACAGGCGCUCACUGCGCCGCCCAGCUCAGGCCAGUGGCUCGCUCUCCCCCGAUGCUGCAGCUUGGCGGGACAGGCGGGACCAGCCGGCUUACUGGAUACCAGCCCCCCAAAGAAUACACAGAACAAGUUAGCAAAGAGGCUGCAGGAAAAAGAAAUAAAGCCAACAAUUAUCCAGCAGCAGCAGGAAGGACAAGUCCGCCUAUAGUCAGUGUGGUUCGGCCUGCAAAGUUGUCCACAUGUCGGCCCGCAAAGCUCUCCAAGCUCCCCGGCGUCCCCUCGUACUCCGGCGGCCAAACAAAUCAAAGUGAUCGUCAGCUAAUGGAGGCCGAUGUAGAUUGAUCACCUUCUCUCCGCCCCGCGCCUCUAAGAGACGCUCACACCUGCCGGCCCGCCUCCAGCGACCAAUCACAGCAUCACUUCCGCAUGACGGACGGCGAGGCCGGCCAAUGGAGCAGCAGGCUGCUGGGAGAGGAGAGGAUGGAGCAGCAGCGGAUGAAGCAGUGGACAUGGGCCUGCUUUUUAACCACAUUGGAUGGGACCUCGUCUCUUCUGCAAGCUUUUUGGAUUUUUUCCAUGAUGCCAGGUCUCGGACCAGCGCAUCUCGUUUGUUGACCAGCAGGACCAGCUCGUCCAGGAGCAGCUGCUCGCGUCUCUUCUGGGCCUCCGUCUUCUGCCAGUCUGAAACGUCCACACAGACAACAACUCACUCAGAGACACCCGCAACAAGCCUCCCCCCACUUUAAACAUGUUGAGACGUUAGAGGAAAUAUUCAUCUCGCCUUGCCAGCAACUCGUCACCACAUGUUGGAGUGGAAAACAAGCGCAUCUCCAACAUGGCGACAAGACUCUUGUCUAAAUCGAAACACUACCUGCACACGGUUAUCAUUAUUGACUGAACCUCCAAACCACUCUAAUGGACUACAAGUGUGUGAGUGUUUUUUUUACCAAUAUGAUAAGCAUAGAAGCGUAACCUACAUACAUACAGAUGUGACAUACAUUCAAUGAAGCAGAUGCUAAGGUAAAUAGCAUGUUGCUGAAAGCAUUGUGGCUAAUGACUAGCAUGCAUCUUUCAAAGGGUGAGUCUUUUUACUCUAUUUUACUUUUAAAUGGCAUUUAACUUUUUUUUUUUUUUUACGCUUGUAUGACAUUACAGAAUGCGACUCAAAACAGUUGACCCCGGAAGAGACUAUUUCUAUUUCCUAUUGUUUUUGUUUUUGAACUUUUCAUUAACUUUGAAGUGGACCAGCAUCACAGAACGGAUCCUGUUAGACUUUGGAGGACGUGGUAGCCGUUUGAGACUGUGGACUUUGGAUAUGAGACAAGCGUCCAUGUUUGGAGGAAACAUAAAAGCGCUACAAUUAAAAGUGAUUUAAAAAUAAUUUUCAUUUCCUUCAAAUUUUGGAAUCCAUACAGGAGGAAAGAAACCAAAUGAUUUGAAUAAGGACAGCUCAGCAGUAAUGACUAACGAGAUACAGUUGAUCAUGUGACUAACAGAUUUUAGUCUGCGGGGUCUCGACAGGAAGGGGUCCCACAGGGUUCAGGUAGGACCCCGACCCCACAUCCCCCUCAGCCUGUCCCUGGAGGAGGAGGGGCCUGCACACGGGAGAGCGCUGGCUCCCCCCCGAGCUCACAUCCGCCACAACAACCUACGCCCCCCCCAUCAUUAGUGUCACUAAUUAAAACAUUGAACUCGACUUUCGUGGCUCACACUUGAUCAAAUGAAGCUAAAAUUCUGACUCAAAGUUAGCACCUAAUGACUUUUUACAAAUGAAGAUCCAGCAGUCAUGUGACUCAUCAGGUGCAUGGCUGCUAUCCCACCAACCUCAGUGACGAGCCCCGCCCACAACAGGAAGCAAACUAAAAAGACUUCCCACAAAGAAAAACAGGAAUGUAAAAAAAAAAAAAAAGUCAGCCAACAAGCCAGUGUGUAGUGGGGGGGCUGACUGUGCUGUCAAUCAGCCGUGUCAGAGUCCCCGCCUCCCUCAUUAGGAAGGUAAACAAUGAAGAGAUGAUGGACGGGAGCGAGGAAGGCGGAGUAACCAGACACCCCAACAAGCCCCCCUCCCCCUCCCACAGAGAGAAUAUUCAGAUAAGACUUUCGGUAACCAUGUGAGUCGGCACAAGACACACAAGAAUGCGCUGGUCCAAAUCCCCAUGAACCCCCUCCCCCCCCAGGGCCGUAUACACCCCCACCCCCCCACCUCCUUUGCCUUGGUCUCCCCAACAUGCAUGCAUUCAUUACAAAUGAGAAAAACCUUGACUUGGAUCUGGUGGUCAUGAACGCUAAUUUUCAUCAGUCAGGCCGGAAGGAGGUGUGGGUGGGAUUAAGGUUUUGGCUAGGGUUAGGGUUAGAGUUAGGGUUAGGGUUAGGGUUAGGGCCAGGGGUAGGGGUAGGGGUAGGGUUUUUGUCUGAUCCUAUCCCUGAGCAAAACUCUAAGCUCUAACCAAACCCCAAUUUCAUACAUUGUUAUUUAUUUAUUUUACACACACACCCAGGCACACCCAUGCUAUACUGUAACCCAAGUCACAAAUGUCACAUGAUAAACCUCCCCCCUUUGAUUGGCUGUUGCUCCUCUGCGGUAAAGAUGAAAUCCCCACAGGCGGAAGCCAUCGGCGGCUGCUGUUGUGUCUGGCGGCAGACUGCGUCUCAAGCAGCAUACAAAACUGCAUUUUUCAUCUUCAUUACCCAAAUUCCAGAUAAAGUAAGUCAGCGGUAAGAUGCAUAUACAUACAAUAAAGGUACUUAGCAUUUGCACUGGUUAGUUCUAUGCAAAACCUUAAAAAAAAAGGCUGUGAGCGGCCUGAACUGCAUUACAGAAAUGUAUUUUUCUACACUUGCUUGUUAUUGUUGCUGUUAUUUUAUGAUGAAUUGAAUAAAUCUUCCUACUGCUUAAGUUCUUUUAUGUGUUGCCUUCACUUUGGCAGUGCAGUCAUGUGGACAAUUGUUUUCUUUUCUUUCAUAAGUGUAAUGUUUAAUAGCAAACUGGAUGUGUACUUGUAUUGUGGAAAUAAACGCUACGUAGUUUGAUUGCAAUACUAUUGGAUCUAUGAACGGAACUAUUGAUGAAUUAUGUGUCAUUGUCUUUUCUUCUACACUUCAAUCACAUUGAUUGAUUUCAAACCCAUUGUGCUUGUACAUUGUGGCAAGGCAAAACCAUUAAAACAGUCACUUUCCAAAUACUUGUGGACCUUACUUACGUAUUGGUAGAAAAGGAUGUUCACUAGUAAAAUUGGUGGUUACCCUGACAGUAAUAGUCAAAUCCAUACUUGACAUACUCACUCACUGCUACCAAUGAAGUGUGUCCAAACUUUUGACUGGUAUUGUACUUUUACAGGUAUAUACUGUACAUACAAUAUACAGUCAUGGAAAAAAACAUUAGACCACCCUUGUUUCUUCAGUUUAUUGAUUCAUUUUAAUGCCUGGUACAACUAAAGGUACAUUUGUUUGGACAAAUAUGAUGAUGAUGACAAAUAUAACUCAUAAGAGAGUUGAAUGUAAGAGCUGAUGGUUUUCUUGAUAAUAACCAAAUCACUUAAGUUCUUACGUGACUAGCUAUAGCACUGUACUGCC